AUGGUGAAGGCGGUGCAGGAGAAGGUGGAGGUGCAGAAGAAGGUGGAGGUGCAGAAGAAGGUGGAGGUGCAGAAGAAGGUGGAGGUGCAGAAGAAGGUGGAGGUGCAGAAGAAGGUGGAGGUGCAGAAGAAGGUGGAGGUGCAGAAGAAGGUGGAGGUGCAGAAGAAGGUGGAGGUGCAGGAGGUGGACCCACCAUCCGUGAAGGACCAUAAGGAGCCGGAGCCGGCGGGUGGGAUGAAAGACGCCCGGCAUCCAAAUCCGGAUCCAGACCCGGAUUCAGGUACUUGCCCCAUCCAGCUGGUGCUGAAGGAUGCUGGCUACCGGGGGUCACUGGCGGGGUCCGGGGGGUUGGCUGCGGCAGCUGCGGUUGCCCGGGCCCUGGUCCCCGGUACACUGGGACCUCCCGCAGUAGCAGAUUAG